AUGUCUGUUCCGAUUUUUAAUGGGUUAAAUUUCUCUAAUUGGAGCAAACAAGUCCAAUUUCACUUAGGUGCGUUGGAUCUUGAUUUGGCUCUUCAAGUUGAAAAACCUGCUGCUAUUACUGAUGCUAGUAGCAAUGAAGAAAAAAUUCAUUAUAAGGCCUGGGAAAAGUCAAACAGAAUUUGUUUGAUGCUUAUGCACAUGAGCAUAGCAAAUAACAUUAAAUCUGCUCUUCCCAAAACUAAAAGUGCAAAAGAAUCUAUGAAAUCUGUGGAAGAGCUCUCCCAAACUACUGAUAAGUCUCUUGCUGGGACAUUAAUGAGUACUUUAACCACCAUAAAGUUUGAUGGUUCUCGUACUAUGCAUGAACAUGUCAUUGAGAUGACAAAUAUUGCAGCAAAGCUUAAGUCUCUUGGAAUGGUGGUGGAUGAAAAUUUCCUUGUGCAGUUCAUUUUGAACUCAUUAUCAUCUGAGUAUGGUCCCUUCCAAAUGAAUUAUAAUACCAUGAAAGACAAAUGGAAUGUGCAUGAAUUGCAUAGUAUGUUAGUUCAGGAGGAAACCAUACUUAAGAAUCAAGGAAACCACUCCGUUCAUUAUGUGAAUAAUCAGGGAGUUGGAAAGAAAGUCAAUAAGAAAUAUGGAAAGGACAAAUGA